AUGAACUUGACACAUACUACCACCAGGUUGAGGGAGGAUACCGCGGAGCUACGCAGACGCGUGACUGAAGCCGAAGCCCUCAACCCCGAACAGCAAACCCAGAAACUUCAGGAUCUCGACAUCGAUUGCUACCUUCUCGAAUAUGAUACCGAAAGCUCGCCCAAUGAGCGAGGCCUUCACUAUAUCAAUAGAGUACUUGAGCAUAACGCAAACCUCCAUCUGACGCAGCGUGAGGUCACACCCGAGGUCGAAUACCAGCAUCACUCCUUUGUACGAAAGCUGCUUCUGACAAGUUUCGUCUCAAGUGAUGGUUCCGAGUCUCUUAUCGAAAAAGCUUCUUACCAAUACUGGGGGGCUGUUCGUGAUACCAUGGGAUGGUGA